AUGUUCACUCCCACCGUCGCAAACUCAAUCUCCUUCUUCUAUGCAGUGGGCAACACUCCUGCUAUCAACCUGACAAAGAACCUGCCCCAUGGCGUUGAUGCCAGCAUUCUGGUUCUCGGCUGUGGUGAUGUGAGAAAUAUCCUCCACACCGCGUACAAUGAGGACGGCCUUCCCAGCCGCAAGCUCGAUAUCACGACAAACGACAUCGAUGAGGCUAUUCUGGCACGCAACAUCUUCUUACUGUCCCUCCUUCUGGACAAUGGUGCCUCCGGCGAUACGCCCUGGAACCUGUACUACAACCUUCAUCUUGACAAGGCAGAUUUGAGCGUCUUGGCUUCUCAUGUCAAGAAGCUCAUCUUGGCGUCUGAGUCCUUCAAGUCAUGGAAAGCAAGCUCUUACGGCAAGGUCUUUCCAUUUUGCGACCAAGCCACUCUGGAUGAUGUUCGUGCCGUAUGGAUCACCUACGACACUGCCGCCAGUUCCGACAAUCCGUCCGCGGACUCGGCGUCCUUGGUGGCUAACCUGAAGCACUCUCUGGAGGCCAAGAAAGUCGCCUUUGGCGAUGGCGUCGCCAUCACCGGUCUGCGAUCAGCCGCCCCUGUCGCGUUGCAGUUCUCCCAGGAUGUCAUCGAGGCAUCGCAGGAGUUCUGGAAGUCUGCCGUCGCAGGGCCCAGCGGCGCCGCCAGCAGCCCGAACCCUCUGUUCUAUGCCUCUCUAUCGAAGCACCGGCUCUUGCACUAUGCUACUGAUCCCAUCCUGGGCUUCCAUCUCGCCACUGCUUUCGUUCCCCUGACGGAGAAGUCCCCUCUUAAGCCCAAUGUGAAGGGCGAGAAGUUCAAAGCCUUCGCCGCCGCAAAGACUCAGUUCCGAGAGUGGACCACCGCCUGCGCGACCAUGCUUAGGGCAAAGAGACUGGUGAUCCGCUCCGUUGCCAGCGAAUUUCUGGCCUUCUGUCACACCCUCCAACACUACGCUGCCACGAAGGAGACGUCUGCCGGAUGGUAUCGUCGGCAGUUCGACGCCCGCGUGCUUGCUCUCGACCCCGACACGUAUGGGUUAAAGUCAAACGCCCCGGUGGCUUUCGAUGCCAUUGACACAUCCAAUCUCGCUGACCACUUCGGUACUAUAAACAUUCUCGUGUCGGCGCUGCCUCUGCUUACUGCGCAGCCGUGGUCAGCUCUAUUCACCGAGACCCUUCUUAAGACAGAAGACACCACCAAAGAAGCAUUUGACAAGCUCCUUUACGGCCACGGCCCUACAGUGUCAUUGCUUCUGGGAGCUAGCCCUGUUGAAUACUGGACCAACGCCACCGCCGUAUCAAGCGUCGACGAGAUUCUCAUCGGCCUGAGCAGCAACACGAUACAGACAAGCAAGGAUACGCCGUCUCAGGUGCACAACCGCGUUACUUGGAAGCAGGCCAAACACUUAUCGGGAGUGAGCUCUAAAAGCCCUCUCAAGAUCGACCCGGAGGCGCUGGCAAACAUCUUCUUCGCCCUGUACCUCGAGAUGUUUGCGCAUGAGAAUCCGAUGAAGCUGCUGACCAUCUCCAAAGCCUCCGUCACCCAGCUGAUUCGAAACACCGCCUAUUCCCACUUCCAUCGCGGAACGCUGGUAUCCCUUUUGCGAUAUCUCAAGCUCAGACUGUCCGUGACCGACUUCGACGUCACCUGCAGGCUGUUGAUCGAGAAGAUCUGUGCCGAGAGAAGCCUCAUGUUCACGGGCAAUCUCAGGCAGGAUUUGUCCCUGCAGAUGCACACCCAGGGUGUGUAUUCAGAGCCCUGGCUUCGUCGUGAUAUCAAGCCUAAUCGCAACCUCGGCGGUUUCGACUCGUGGGAGCACGUCCCAGAAGUGGUAGCCGUCAGUCUUGUCGUGCCGCGGUCCAAGUUUGCUAGGGUUUUCUCGGAAUCGGAUCAGUCAAAGAUAAGCUCUCCCACGAUCAGAGCAUCCUUGGUCUCUGGCAAGGAUGCGGAUCCCAAGUGGCACAACUUCCACGACGAAGUUCAACUCGUCUUCGGCAACAUCGCCACAAGCGGCAACAGGGAGAGCAGCGAUUUCUCUGUCACCGUCGAAGCGGACCCCGCAGGUUGGCUGGGAGAUUCUCCCCUCAUCGCGUCCUUUUACGUCCCUGCUGCCGCGCUCCAGAUGGAACGGAAGACGGCGUAUGUUCGUCUGGAGGUCCUCAGCUCCGCCCAAAGUAUUGCCGUCUUCAGCAAGACGUUAGGCUCCGAGCUACAAAUCUUCCAGACGACACUGGAUGAUGAGGACAACGUCUUCAUCACCAAGUACAUGCCCGGCCAAAGCAAGUAUCCCGCCGCCUCCGAUGCAGCGGCGGCUGUCGCCGAGUCUGCUGUAGCGACCAGCAGUGAGACGGCUUCCGUCUUCACCGCCGACGCGUCCAGUGACCAGAGCAGAGUCGAGACUAUCACAGGUCAUCUUGACUUUCUCUCCGAUAAGGGCAAGAAGCUGCUCACCGACAAGGUUCCAGUUGUCGUUGAGCAAGCAUCGCCUUUCACCGUCAAUCUCGUGUUUGGCGACAAGAAGCACAUCUACCCUCUUACUUUCCCGGUUCCGGUCGACGCUCGCAAGGCUAAAACACGCAUCGCUCGCAAGUCAGCGUACUUUGAGGUCAUCGUCCCCUUCGCCGCGCCCCCGACCAAACCAGAGAUCAAAACGGCCCUCGACGAUUUUGUUUAUCCAACCUACCUCGCCAAAAGCUUGUCCAGCACUCCGGCGGACCUCAACACGCCACAUUUCAACCUUGACCGUCUCCCCAUCAUUGACGUCAAAAACAAAGAAGACAGUCGCUGGAUAACGACGCUGCUCUCCUUCGAGUUCUCCCUUAGCGAGAGGGCGCUGCGCGAUGAAGUCAACGCGGGAAGGGAGGCCUUGUCGCCCUCGCCUCGUCUCAACUUCAAGGAAUCCAUCUUCACCAUGGCGAUGCUCUCCUCUGGCCAGCAGGGCGGCCAGACCGGCCUCUUCUGCCUCAACCACCCCGACCGCGGUGGCAUCCACAUGCUCAUCUUCGUAUCCGCCAUUAGGCUUGACAGCGCCGCAGCCUCCGUCGUCCUUGACGCAGCCGUGAUGCCCAUGACAUUCCCCGUCAUCCAAAAGUGCGAGCCUUUUUUGCUGCUUCUUAGAGAGCUGCAGAUGUGCUCCAUCACAGUCAAUGACGACGAGCUCAUAUUCUGGAAGAAGACGCUCCCGGCACUCGCGGAGCGCACCCGGACGUGGAACCACAAAUCAUCCUGUGAGUACCGCAAGACCGGCUCCGUCCCUCUAUCCUUGGAACCCAGUGAGCCGGUCCUCUGCUCGUGCGGCAACGGCAAAUUGCCAGACAACUUCAUCAGCCUCCCUGAAUGGGACACGGCCGCCAAGCACGCCACUCGAAUCGCCAUCAGCCCGACCUUUGCCGUGCCGUUGGUCGAGGAGAUUGUCGACACAGAACUCUACAAACAGAUUGGCACGGGCGCCCCCGCGCAGAAGGAGAGGUGCACAAACUGCGGCAAGACGGGCAAGGACGGCGCCGCGCUGAAAAAGUGCACGCGCUGCCGCAAGGCCAAGUACUGCAGUGCCGACUGCCAGAAGAAAGACUGGCGUAAGCACCGCGGAGAGUGCGAGUAG